AUUGUGAGGCGGCGGCUGCCCGGCCACAGCUGAGGAGCAUCUGCGGCCCCUCAGCACCGCGACCCUCCCGGGCCGGGCCUCGCCUCAGCUCAGCUCUUCCCUCGGCGGCGUGCGCGAGCUGACUUUUUUUUGCAAGGACCUGACUUUUUUCAACCAGUUUGUAUCACCUGUGAAGAAUUUUCAUGUUGACUCUUGGAAACCUGCUGCAGAGUCUUCCCUGUUUACUGUUCAGUCCCGUUUUCUUCUUCCUUUAGCAGGUUGAAGUUCAUGAGUUCGCCCAGCCUCAGUGAUCUGGGCAAGAGAGAGCAGGCAGCCUUGGAUGAGCGGGGGACUCAGCAGCACCGGGCCUGCUCCAACGCUACCUGGAACAGUAUCCACAAUGGAGUGAUAGCAGUGUUCCAGCGUAAGGGUCUCCCAGACCAUGAACUUUACAACCUCAAUGAAGGAGUCAGGCAAUUACUGAAAACAGAAUUAGGAUCCUUUUUCACUGAGUAUCUGCAGAAUCAGCUGCUCACAAAAGGCAUGGUGAUCCUAAGGGACAAGAUCCGGUUUUAUGAAGGGCAGAAACUACUGGAUACCUUAGCUGAAACCUGGGAUUUUUUCUUCAGUGAUGUCCUGCCCAUGCUGCAGGCUAUUUUCUAUCCUGUGCAGGGAAAGGAGCCCUCGGUUCGACAAUUGGCGCUUCUGCAUUUUAGGAACAUAAUUACCCUCAAUAUAAAAUUGGAAGAUGCAUUAUCCCGUUCCAGAGCUAGAGUUCCACCAUCUAUUAUUCAGAUGCUGUUAAUACUUCAGGGGGUUCACGAGUCGAAAGGUGUGACUGAAGAUUAUUUGAAACUGGAAUCCCUGAUCCAGAAAGUUGUUUCUCCUUACUUGGGCACAUAYGGUCUAUAUUCCAGUGACGGACCCUUCAUGCACUCUGCCUGUAUCUUGGAGAAGCGGUUCUUCAGGCGUUCCAAGUCGGGUGACAUCCUUGCCAAGAACCCCGUGGUGCGGUCCAAGAGCUACAACAAUCCCCUGCUGACGCCAGUGGCAGAGUACGAAACMGAGGGCGUGGCUGCCAACGGCACCGGCAUCCGACGGCACUCGGUGUCAGAAAUGACCUCCUGCCUGGAGCUCCAGGGCUACUCCAAUCUCAGCACCAUCAUGGACAAUGGUUCCAAGAGCUCCGUGACAACCAAAAGCUCACUGCCAGGAGAGCAGGAGAGGCCCAGCAGCGGAUCAGUGCAAUGUUCCAGCAAACUCAGCACUGCUGAGCAGCAGAAAGGACUCUUCCACUCAAUGGGUGACCCACACAACUCAUUUGAGCGGGACAGAAACACUUCCUUGAUUCCAGUUCCCUCUUCCAGCCCUGAGAAUAUAGUGGAUCAGAUUUUGGAGUCAAUUGACUCUGAUUCUGAAGGCAUUUUCAUUGAAUUUGGCCGAGGCUGUUCCAAUUCAUCGGCGUACAAUGUGGACGUGAACAGACAGAGCAUUGUGUGAAGGAUAUUUGGAGAUAAACCUUGGGUUUUAAUAUAUAUGAAAUUACURAGGCACUGAGUCAGACUGUGGGCAAGCUGUCUGUGCCUGGGCAGAACCUCAGCCAGGUCAUUACAGCUGUACUGAACAAAUGCAAGUUUACAGCAGGUAGGAAUCUGCAGAGGGGAAAGCAACUCCAACCCCUUUUCCCCACCCCUGUCACCCUGCAGAUGGAUUUCCUAUUUCUUUAUAAACUUAGGGGUUCACAAGAUGACAGGUGUCUGGUAAAAUGCUGUUAGUGCAGCUGGAAGUGUUUGUUCAGUAAAACAGCCCAGCAAAUAGCUGUGCUCACUUCUAAUUUUCUAAAGAGAUUUUUUUUUGCAGAUGAUGGGUUAUUCUCUGAACUGUAACUCCUCAGCCAGAGUAGAAACAUAUCCUUUAAAAAAUGAACAAACAAAUAUGAGAGGCUGUGGGCUUUCAUGCCACAGAAUACAAUAAUAAACAAGUCUCCUUUAGKUUUUUUCUUGUACAUCCUGUGUGCACUCCUUUGCCUAAUGGUGAGUUAAGAGUUCUUGAAGAAAGGCAAAUAAACAGAAAUGUGCUUCCUGAUGUCA